AUGAUCUGCGUGUUCUGCAAGAAGACGUCGCAGGUAGUCAAGUUCACCUUAGGCAACGACGGCACCGUCUUGAACUGCUGCUUCCCCUGUGGAAAGCGCGUCAUGCAGCUGCGCCCCGGUCUGCUGCUAGAGGUGAUCAUCCAACUGUGGCAGACGCCCGAAGCCGAUCCGGACCUGGUGGCUGACUACAAGAUGGCCACAGCUCGCGAGGAGGAUGACGACGCUCCAGAGGCCAGCAAGACCUUCAAACCGAACAGCUCUGUGUGCAACUUGCAAGAGUAUGGUUGGCAGAUGUUCCGAGACUUUGCAGCCCUCACCGAGCAGGAGUACAAGGACCUGGUGUCAGGCAACAACCCCAAGGACAUCGUCAAAACCUUCCCCAACAUGAGUGUUCCUUGGCUAGGCCCGGGCAGCAGCAACACAACCUUGUACGCGGUGGACCUGGAUGGUUUGCCACCCGCAAAAGUUGCAUCCGUGGGUAAGGUGCGUAUCUUCUACGGUAGCUCAGCUAUGCAUUCGGAGACUCACUUGUCUGCAGAGAACCAGCUGAUCGAGAGCGCAGGCCAGCGCUGGUUCAGCCACGUUGCUGGCCUGAACUUCGCGGACAGGCCAGAACUGGCCCAGCCGAGCUCCGGAAGGGCUCCAACGGUGCAGCAGCUUCUGGAUGCCCACGAUGACACGCAGAGACAGAAAGCACUCCUCCAACAGAAGAAGCUGGGGGAGGAUGCCUCGUUUGCCAUGGACGUGGAUUUGGGCGGCGAUAGCCAGGAUGGCGACAUGCAGGAGCUUCCGGAGAAGAUCUCGACAGGUGAGGGCUCGUUGUCAGUCCGUCCAAAAGGAAUGGCCGCCAGAAGUCAGCUGAAGGCUUUGGAGAAAGCCGCUGCUAAAAAAAAGCAAGCAACAGCUGCAGCGCCGGCUCUCGGGGAUGCAGAAGACACGAGAAGCAUGAGCAAAACCAAGAAGCAGAAGCUCCAGGACGGCGCUGAUUGCCUGGAAGACGAGGCUCUCCGGGAAGUCGCCCAGGAGCACCUGCGUGUGGGCGGGACCUCCGUGAAGUCCUUGGAGUUGUUGAAGCCGUUGGAGUUCUUGCAUGGUGGUCCAACCCCCCAGAAGCAGCUCGCAGCUGCUUUGUCAGGGGCCAAAGGCAUCCGUGAUCGCCUCAAGGAGAAGAAAGCCAUUGGAGCUCACGACGUGCUGACAGACCGCCUGCGUGAUUGUGAGGCAGCAGAUGUGCUGCGGCAAAAGUGUGAGAAUCUCAAGCAGCUCAAAUCUUGGCCGCUUCGGUCUAUGGAGGCCCACUUGCAGGUGCUGAAGGACUACUUCAGUGACUUCCCCCUGGAGUUCAUGGUGUGCAUCGCGUUCCGCGUCAUCUACGAGGGGCUGAAAGACGCCCUUGAAGUCUCCAAAUCCGAGGAGGAGUCACCAGCACCGUCGGCAUCCGCAGAGGACUUCCGCGCCUACGCGCAGGCCGUAAGUCUGCACAUCGACACCAUCGAUGAGGCUGCCGUGCCAUGGGAAGGUCUCGAGACCUCCGUCAGCGGAGUCCUGCAUCUGCUCAUUGACAGUGCAGUUGCCUGCGAGAAAGAAUUGGCUGCAGCAGGGGGCGGGCUCGCGGAGCUGGACGUAGAGUCCGCUUUGCAGGCAGCAGAGAACGUUGCCACAAGUCGAGCUGCAGAGGGGCUGGAGCGAGCAGUCCAGGCCCGUUUCUGUGUUCUGGAGAGCUUGCGCCUAGUAACGGCUAGUUGCUAG